UUAGAAAUAGUCAAAUGGAAGAGAUACACAGGACAAUGUAUAGAGGAGGGGUGUGCCAUCCUUCCAGCACCUACAUGUCUUCCCCAACCAGAAGCUCCCCAAACGUCAUCAUUGUUUAAAGGUUUCUAUGGAGAUUUAUUUAUGUAGGCAUAAUUGAGUAAAUAAUUGGCCACUGGUGAUUAACUUAAUCACUAGCCCCUCUCCCUUCCCUAGAAGUUUGAGGGUGGGGCUGAGUUCCAAAUUUCUAAUCAAGGCUUGGUCUUUGUGGUGACAAGAUACUGCUAUAACCCUAUAAUUUCCAAGAUACUCCUAUAACUCCUAUAAUUUCCAAGAUACUCCUAUAACCCUUAUAAUUUCCAAGGGUUUUAGGAGUUCUGUGCCAGGAACUAGGAACAAAGACCAAGCAUCUCUCUUAUUACAGCACCCUAUUAUAUUUAUCUAUCUUAUAAAAAAGUGAUUAGGCCACCCUCCUUAGGGUAUUAGCCUUCUUGGCUAUUUCUAGCUCUCCCUUUCUAUGUACUCUUCAUAUCCCCUUAACAGAUUGACCAGAAAUGUCUGAUUUGUUCUUCAUUAGGCUUUUCAACACAUAACUAGUUCCUCUGUGGCAGACUGCUUUAUUGCUCCCCUCCAAACAAAUCAUUCCUGAGAACAAGCAUUCUCAGAACAUUAAACACCCACACCAUACCCUCUUUCUCCCAGAAGGAUCUUAGCAGGAUGUCAGUGGUGAGGGUGAACUUAAAUGGCUGAGGACCUCACCCUGCUCUUUUCAUGCAAACCUCCUCCUACUUUCCUGGUCCACCUGCCUUGGCCUCUGAGUUACUGAUAUCUGACAAAGGAGAAGAGAGUCAUUUUGAGUGCCCAGGGAGGGCUGUUAGAGCUUACUAGUUCAAAUCUCUACUGGGAAACUCUCAGAGCUACAUCCUGAGACCCUGAAAUGCAAAACCAAGAGCUUUACUAGUUGAAUGGGAUGGGCAGGAGGGCCAGUCUGAGUGAAUGCCCCCGUGCAUUUUGCCUAACUCCCCUUCCCCACUUAAAGCAAGACAAAAUAAAAACAACCCAAGGAAACAAAGCUUUCCUUUUAGGUUAUCAAGAGAGCUCCUUUUUGACGCAAAAACCUCACUCCCUCCUGUGGCCCCAGACGGUCUCAGUCUUAGUUGGUGAGGGCCUCAAGCCCACAUCGGUUUAUCGAAAUCCGUGUUUAGGUCCCAGCAUGUGGCAAUGUGCUCCACUCUGAUGACACUUUUCGUUUCUAAUAAUAGAGCAGAUGAAGUAAUAUUGCAAUUGAUGUUCCCAGGGAUUUGAUUGGAUAAGUGCAUAAACCGUGGAUGGAGAAGAAGAUUGUAUGGACGGAUCACAUUAGUAUUCCCGUCCUAUCAAUGUGCGGGCCAGCGAGCAACGUCAGCCGGACCGAUUCCUUGCGUCUGCCAGUCCCACCACGGCUUCAUUUGGGAUCCUCAAACAGACAAGCCCUAGAGACGAGGGAUCGAGGCAGCCGAUUAGAGCCAAUUGCCUGCUUCGGGGACGGCCAGCCCUUCCAGGCCUGGCGACAGUGGAGGGAGGGGAAAGACCAACCGAGCACCGCUGCGGGAAGACACUGAAGCAAGAGCGACACCCCGUUCCGCCCCCCACCUUGCAGCGCAGGCUUUGAAAGCUGCUCCCCCACCUGAAUGGAAACUCGGAACCGCCGGGCGGCGCGUUCCUUCUCGCCCAGCCUUGCAAUCCAUGCCGAGAGGAAGGCGGUGCGAGUCCGCGCCAGCGCCCAGCUCCCGGGACAGGGCCGGCAAUGCUGCUGAGCAGAACUUGAUCGCGCCCCUUCCUCGCUGCUAGUGGAAGCGAUGCUGCACGGCACAGCCAGCGCUUCCCCGGCUCUCCUUCAAGCUGAAGGUUACCGACCCGCGCAGCCAGUCCCAACCCUGUGAACCGCGCGCCUCGGGUCCGGCUCCGGCUGCUUGGCGGCGGCGCGCAGGGCAACGACCGGGCCGCCCGCGCCGGGGCGCACUGCACCAGCGGCUUCGGCUUGGUGGAUGUGUAUGCAUGAGUUCUGCACCGAAUGGGCGCAAAAAGCGCCCCAGCCGGUCCACCCGCUCCUCGAUCUUCCAGAUCAGCAAGCCCCCGCUGCAAAGCGGGGAUUGGGAGCGCAGGGGCAGCGGCUCCGAGAGCGCUCACAAAACCCAGCGAGCCCUGGACGACUGCAAGAUGCUUGUCCAAGAGUUCAACACGCAAGUGGCCCUGUACCGAGAGUUGGUCAUUUCUAUUGGGGACGUCUCAGUCAGCUGCCCCUCACUAAGGGCGGAAAUGCACAAGACCAGAACCAAAGGAUGUGAAAUGGCCCGUCAGGCACACCAAAAACUGGCUGCCAUCUCAGGCCCAGAAGAUGGUGAGAUCCACCCAGAAAUCUGUCGGCUUUACAUCCAGCUGCAGUGCUGCUUAGAAAUGUAUACGACAGAGAUGCUAAAAUCCAUAUGUCUGCUGGGGUCUCUUCAGUUUCAUCGAAAAGGAAAGGAACCUGGCGGGGGAACCAAGAAUUUGGAUUGCAAAAUUGAGGAGAGUGCUGAAACACCUGCCCUGGAGGACUCCUCAUCAUCCCCCAUAGAUAGUCAGCAACAUUCCUGGCAGGUUUCCACAGACAUCGAGAACACUGAAAGAGACAUGCGAGAAAUGAAAAACCUUUUAAGCAAACUCAGGGAAACUAUGCCUUUACCAUUGAAAAAUCAAGAUGACAGCAGCCUUCUGAAUCUAACUCCCUACCCCCUGGUUAGAAGACGGAAGAGAAGGUUCUUUGGGCUAUGUUGUCUCGUCUCAAGCUAGGCGGCUCCUCCUGGAAACCCACUGGGAACACCAGAAAAAAAAAAAAAAUCACAAAACCUGAGGACCUCCAGACAGCUGAACCACACAUUUAUUGGUUUUUGACUAUGUUUUCUAUGCUUCCUUAUUUUACCUGCUUCCCCCUGACCUUUUAAAUGAUUUUACACUUGAAAGCAGCUGCCAUCAAGGGAAAAAAAAAAAAAGAUUAAAAAAGCAGGCUGUUUUUAAAAAGAAUUUUUAAAGCUGACAUUGCGCAUGUCUGCUCCAAACCAGGCCGUGACAGAUGCAAGAAUUAUGAUUUUUAAAUUAUUUAAAGGUUUUUUUAAAUGUAUUAUACAGAGAAAAAUUAUUUCAUGUAUAAUAGUAUAUCUAUAGCUCUUACUGAUCUCAUGUUAACAAUUUAUCAUAUAUGAAAGAAGUCUUUAAGCAUAGAAAUCUAUUUAAAAUUACAAAACUUUGUUCAAAAAUCCAAUCUAUCAAUAUCAUUAGAAAUAAUAUUAUAAGCAAACAUAUACCACCUUACCUAUUGCUUUCUCUGCAUUCAUUUACAUUUAGUCUUCCAUUCUGUCAGAAUCUAAGCGCUUUGCCAUAAAAAUAUCUUAAUUUAUAAUGCAACAAACACCACCUAUGAAAAGUACUUAAAUUUUGUAAAUAUAUAAUAAUCCUAACACCUUCGUAUAAUGCAUAUGGGCAACUAAUUUCCUUUUGAUCCAAUGGUGUCUUUUUCAGCUUCUUGGAGAAUGAAGUAAUCCAGUUAGGAAAUGGUGUAGUAACAUAUACAAUUACCCUCAAAUGUAAAAUUGAAUAUUAUCACAUUUUGUUCUAAUUGAAAUCUGAAGCAUGGUGUCUGCACAUCAGCAUAGUGUUAAAUCUUAUAGGGCAUGCUGGAAUUAGCUCAGAUCGUAAAAAUAUUUAACAUUUUACAUUGUUAAUAAAAUUUUUUUAGUUAAGCUAAGCUUGUCUCAUUUUAGAUGACUAUGCAGAUAUGACUUUUCCAAUGUGUACUUAGUGUCUUGUCUUAUGCUUAGAAUCUUGAAAGCAGGACACAUUAAGCAAUACUGUAUUUUAGAAAAGAGGAAACCACAUGCUUUGUUUUUCUGCUCACAGCUUUGUUGUGAUCUUCCUUCACUAAACUUGUAACAUGGUAUAAAUUUUGUUAUAUUUUCCCCUGUUCUUCCUUUGGCCCAUUUCCCAGACAGAAUUUCCCAUGGGUUGAGAGAUCAAGUCUUUGCACUUUUUUUCUUGUUUUCCAUAGUCUGAAAAAUCUUUGAGUAAGACAGGAGGCACUAGUGCCUAGUACAACAGAAGGAUGAGCUAGAUGCCUAUAAGUGGUCUAUCUAAGACACAUCCUUUGUUCCAACCCUGCACUUUCUCAAUAUUUAUGGGCACAGGCAUUUCUAUAUAUACCAAUAAUUUGACCUAAAAACUAAACCUGUUAAAGCCUUUAGCUUCAGUGAAGAUGAAGAGAGGUACAGAUGAACUAUUGGAAUAAUUAUUGUUUUAGGUUGAAUUACAUGAAAUUGCUGAUUAUUUGACUGUUUUGACCUACAAAAUGGCAGUUUCAUAUAGUUCAACCUGAUAUCUGAUGCUGUGGAAAUUAUACUUGGAAUUGUCUUCUAGCCCUUUUGACUGAAAGUGAAAGAAUGAAAGGGUUGGAAGAGAUCUCAAAAGCUAUGCAGGUCUCUAUUUAGAUUAUGCCAGCUGGUUGUUGGCCUUAUUAUCGGAGUCCAGACUUGUGUUCCAAUGAACCAUUCAUUAGUGCAUGGUUAUAGGUAUGCCUGGCUUCACAAAAAGAAGAACCCUUGAAAAAUGAUAUGAGAAAAAAAUCAUAAUUUGCUAAAUCAAAUACUUGUAAAACAAUUGUGGGAAUAUGGUUUUCAAAAAUCAAGUUUGAUUAAAGCUUGAUAUCCUUUCCUGAGUCCAGUUCAUUUUCAACCCCUAAGGAGAUUUAAGGUUCAUUGUUUUAGAAAUUAUGAAGUAGCCCAGUUUGGCAGCUCUCAGCUUCCAUGUCUGCCUUUUCCCACACUUCAACUCUAGCUUCAAUCUAGUUUCUACUAAUCCAUGCAAAAUUAUUAACUAAUACGCCCAACCUUGGUGUUCAGCAUGUUCUUCUGAUGCCUGACCUAAAUCACUUCUGCUUGGUUAAUUGUGCUCACUCUCGCCUUAGUCUCAGCGUGAAAGUAACACUUACCUUAUGUGCAAUUGUCCUUUGUACAACUGAAGACUGUUAAUAAAUUCAAGUCUCACCUCCA